AACAACCUCAACAUCAGCGGCCUUAUUUACUUCGAAGUGUAAAUUCCUUUAUAAACUUGAAUUGAAGGAUUUUUUGUUGCCUAAAAGCAAAGACUCAGACAUUCGAGAGAAGAUAUGGAAAGAGAGGUUGGCAACACCGAGGGACAGGCAGUUCACGAUGAUGUCUCUCUCAAUUUUUUUCAUCAUGAAAUUGAUUUGCCUGCAACGACCUCAGACUCCAGACAAUACACGCAAACCGAUUGUCCUGCUCACGACCUAUCAUCUUCUGAACCUCCCCGCCCAAAAAUUCCUCCUGGCAUACACCCCUCUCAACGGCUCGAAUACACUCCAUGCUCCGAUCUCCCAUUGGGACUGUCAGGAGGCUGCCGAGUUGGGACCUCUGCCUCCGCCGGGUGCAUCUGUAAAUACAAUCCAGAUAUAUUGAAAGACAAGGUGAUCAGCGAGAUGGAAAUCCUCAUCAAGGAAGCAAAACAGGAUGGAGAAAAGCAGCAAGAGGAAAGGUCCACCUAGUGUCGAUGUCUGAUGGCGGACAUCAACUG